GUUCGCGCAUGGCCGGUGAUAUGUUAUCCAUACGCAGCAAUUAGUACACUAAAGAUGCGAACCCGAACUCACAACAUUUGUACUGCUGUUGCUCGUGCCGUGGGUGACGUUGCAGAUGAUGCUGAGCCUCUAGAAGAUGGCACAUCGAAAACAGGUCGGGUUGUCCAGUGUUUGGCUAACCUCUUCUUCUGUUUAGCCAGCAUUUUCCCCCCCAUAUUCGACUUCGAAUAUUCACGCUACUGUUCUUCUGUUUUCCUCACAAUGCGGCAUGAAGUCUGGAUGAUUGAAGAACGUGAUUAUUUGGCAUCAUUUUGCCAAGCUAUAUCAGAUGCCUCAUGGUCACGACACAGACGAAAUUGGGAGGCGGAACUUAUUCCGGUUGGAGAUCUUGGGUAUAGCGGCUCCACGUUUCUUAUGACCAGCAACGGAAAGUACAUCGUUAAAUCGCUAGAUCGCCGGUUUGAAUACCGCUUCUUUAUGCACGAAAUAUUUCGACCUUAUGUGAACCAUAUGACGACUCAUCCUGGCAGCCUUCUUGUCCGCAUCACGGACAUGCUAUAUGUUCCAGGAAUAAAUGUGAGCAGGCUCCUAGGUCUCUCAGCAACUCGGCUCGUUGUCAUGGAGAAUUUGUUACACGGAAAGGAGAAUGAGAAGAAUGAGAAUGCUAGGCUUCAGUGGAGUACCUAUGAUCUAAAACCAGAUAAUUAUUUCUUCCCGGAGCGCGAUAUUGCAGGCGGCAGCCUGACAUCCAAAAAUGUGAAAAACAAACUGGUUGAUGAAAUGCCCAGCCGGCUACGAGUCUCGGCACAAAUGGCAGAUCAGAUUUUCGACAUUUUGAACGCAGAUACAGAAUUCCUUGCGAACUCAAAUGUGGUUGAUUAUUCUCUGUUCCUUGUCAAGUUUCCUGGUCCUGGUCAACAUAUAAAGUCGCAGUCUACUACGGAGUUUGCUGCAAGCGAUGAUACUCUACCAGCUGCUAGGAGAUAUGAUAAAGAGACUUGGAGAAAUGGGGUAACAUCAAUUGACGGCAAAUGGACAUAUCGUAUCAUUAUCAUAGAUUUCUUCUGGGCCCGACACAAGCUGCAGCCGAAGAUACUGUCUGGACUUGUUAAAACAUUCAACGUCUAUGCCAAAAAAGGCCCAAUGAGUAUUACAACGGAUCCGAUUGAGUACAGGAGGCGUUUUAUGAAUAUGGCUCAUAAAUUGAUAUCAGGAAUCAAUAAUUAGAGAAAUCUGCAAUUGACGGAUAAAC